AUGCUGUUCUUGAAAGAGCUGCCCAUCUGGCAGGCGUUCGGGUUCUCCUUGCUCACAGGAGCCCUCGCCGGCAGCACCCUGUACGCCGUGUGCGUCGUCCUCCUCUGCUGUGUCGAUCGCCAACGUCGACAUGCCGGUGCGCCGCCGCCCGAUCCGAAGAUCUGGCUGCCGGACCACACGCACCAUCGCCGGCAGCGGGAUGAAUCGUCGGAGUGCAGCAUAUGCCUGGGGGAGUUGGAGGAGGGGGAGAGGUGCUGCACGCUGGUGGCGUGCAGGCACGAGUUCCACAAGGAAUGCAUCUACCGGUGGCUCGCCAACCACAACACCUGCCCUCUCUGCCGCCACAUGCCCCUCCCCCCUGCUUCAUCACCACCACCUGCGCCGCCGCCUCACCAUGCUUCUCCUCCUUCCAAUGUACCGCCUGCUGCUCAUGUUUAG